UGCUUCUCAUCCAAGUCCAUGUUCUCUAAAGCAAAUUCCGUAUGGUCAACUCUAGCCCUGGGGGCUCGAAAAGCAUUCACAGAAGAGGGUCAGUGUCAGGAUUGGUCUAUCAUGAGCUGCGCGUUCAUUAUUUUGUUCCCAGUCAAUCCUUUCUUCACGUUCACCUCUGGACGCUGGCUAUGCAACCACAAAGCUCAGGUCAAUUCCCGAAACACCCCUUUCAACGUGGAUGGCCUACAACGCGUGGCAUCAAGGAUGAUGGGCUCGCAAGUCCAAUCAAUGGAGAAAGUAGCUGAAUCGUUCAAUCGGGUUUUCCUCCUCAAGUUCCAAAAUGGCGAGCAAGCCAUUGCUCGGAUUCCCACCCCGCUCAGCGGUCCAGCUCACUUUUCCACUGCCAGCGAAGUCGCUACCAUGGACUUUCUGGGACGCUUAGGGAUCCCGGUGCCGAAAGUCCUUGCCUGGAGCUCGCGAGCCCAGUCAACAGAGGUGGAGUCGGAAUUCAUCAUCAUGGAAAAGGCGGACGGUCUGCCUCUCAUCAAGAUAUGGGAUACUGUCGACAAAAUGGACCUGGUCACCAAACUAGCUCAGCUGCACCGUCCAUUACUGGACCUGCAAUUCACUCACUACGGAAGCCUUUAUUAUAAGAGCGAUGUCGACGUCUCCCAUGCAUCAACAACCGACUUCCUUGAGACCAUCCCUGCGGGGCUCGACAUUAGCCCUUUCUGCAUGGGUCCCAUUGCUCGACGGGAUUUUUGGGAGAACGAACGUAUUUCCAUGGAAGUAAACCGUGGUCCAUGGGCCUCUGCUCUUGAAUAUAUGGUCGAUGUUGUCAUACGAGAGCAGACCUGGAUCGAUCGCUAUGCAACACCCCAUGUCCACGACGAUUUUCUCUGUGGUCUGCCUCUCCAGGGAAAGCAGGACGAUCAUAUUGAACUUUUGGAAUAUUACAAAUACAUGCUUCCCGACCUCGUACCCGAAGACCGUCGCUAUCUUUGUGGUCACCUAUGGCACCCAGACCUGCACGCCGCAAAUUUGUUCGUCGUCCCGUCAGGCCCCGCGACCGCGGACGAGAAGAUACAGGCGAAUAUCACAUCAUGCAUUGACUGGCAAGGAGCAUGGGUUGGUCCGGCCUUUCUGCAGCUCACCGUCCCCGUAAUGUUCCGCGCGCUGAGGCCAGGGCCGGAAGCUCUCAACCUCCCAUCCCAUUUUGAGACUCUUGACGCUGAUACCCGCAAAGAAGCAGAGCGUUUCCACAAUGAAGCUGUAUCAAACAAAUUAUUCGAAACCCUUGCACUGCAGGACAUCACUCAACUACCAGCUUUGGCUGAGCGUCGCGGAUUGGAAGAUUUAGCUCAGGGGACUUGGAGAACGGGACUGCUACCUUUCAGAGAGAUCCUCAUCAAGGUCAUGAAACGGUGGAGUGACAUUGCCGGUCCCGGAAAGAAAUGCCCACUUGAUUUCACGCCCGCGCAGUGUGAGGAACACGCAGAAGCAUAUGCCUACUGGGCGAAGCAUCGAGCGCGUGCAGCUGCCUUGGAUGAAGAGUUCUCACUUGACGAAUUCGGCUACGUGGCUGGGGAUGAAGCCCACUUCCUUAGCGUUCAGGCGCAGCUGGAAAAGCGGCGAAAAGAAUGGGUAGCAAUCAUCUGA